AAUUAAAAGUGAUGGUGAAUCAAGGGGUAUAGAGGUGCUUGCCUAUUUUUAAUGAGCAUGUGCUUUUGAUACUUUUAUUCAUAAAAAAAUUGAAUCCUUGCUUCAUUAAGUCAUAAAUUUUAUUCCUCGGAGAUUUCUCUUCAUUCCCUCUCUCUUUCCCAUUCUUGCUUAAUGCCUUUUUUUUGAUCCAAGGAGGAAUGCUCCUACCUGUUGAUUCUUACGCCGUUUCCAACGAUUGUGGGCUCUCGUGGCACCCCUUCAGAAGGUCAGCAUCGCCAAUAGUUUCGGCUCCAGAAUGCCGCACUUUGCCUAUGUCCAACGGCCUAUCUCCCCCGCACACAAUCCAGAACCGACUGAGUUCUCCCAGCGGCCUGGCACCGCCUCAAAAGUCUACGAAGGCAUGGUGGCCAGUCUACCGCCCCACAGUUAGCACUCUUGAGUACUCCCCAGCCCACUACUUGGCUCCGCCGCGCGUCAACGAGCGGGUGGGGAGACCAAAUAUAUUUGAUGACGAUGCGAACCAGGAGGGUCUGCUGCAUUCACCGGAUCCCAAUGCGAGCAUUUCGUGUUCCCUUUCUCCUAUUGAUGGGGUGCGGUAUCAGUGCACGGCACCGCAUCGUUCCGCUUCCGCUUCUGUAGCUCGUCACGCUUCUUCAGCCAACGCUUUAGUUCACGCUUCCGUUCAGCGAACAUCUUCAGCUGUUAAUUUUACUCCGCUGCACCAGCCGCAGAAACAUUUGUAUAACAACUGUGGGGCUCUCAUUGAGGAGCGGGAUAUGACCUCCGGAAGGGUUAUUGCCAAGUUUAAAUGUGGUGCGGAGCUCGGCAAAGGUGGUUUUGCUAAAGUCUUUGUUUUCACAGAGAUACGAACCCUGAAAACCUACGCCUGCAAAGUGGUUGAUCGCGCGAAGCUUGGCCGAAAGGGUGAUGCAAAAGUUAAUAUGGAAAUUGCGACGCAUAGAAAUAUGAACCAUCCAAACAUUGUGAAGCUUUACCGUGCAUUCAGUGAUGAUUUCUAUUACUACAUACUACUAGAGCAUUGCUACCAUAAAGAUUUGUUAAAGAUUGCCAACGAGAAGGUUUCAUUCACCAUGCGCGAGCUACAACACAUUCUUCAUCAAUUAACGAGUGCGGUAGAAUACAUGCACAUGUCAAACAUCAUCCACAGGGAUAUAAAACUGGGGAACACGAUGAUGGACUUCAAAGGGAAUUUGAAGAUCGGUGACUUUGGUUUUGCUAGCAAGCUUAACUAUCCUAAGGAGCGCAAAAUUCGCAUAUGUGGUACACCAAACUACAUUGCUCCUGAAGUUCUCACAUGUAGCAAAACCAAUAAGGGAUAUGGGUUCGAGGUCGACAUUUGGGGUCUCGGAGUAAGUAUGUUCAUUCUGGCCUUCGGUUACCCUCCCUUCGAGGCAAAGGAUAUUGGCUCCACGUAUGAGAGAAUCGUGAAUGUGGAUUAUAGAUUACCCUCCCACACCUCAGUACCUGAGAGCUGCAUUGAUCUUAUCCGUUGGAUGCUCCAAAAGGACCCGCAGAAGAGACCCACCCCCAUGCAGAUUCGACAAAGUGCGUUUCUUAGGGGCUUGGAAGACAUCAACGCUCCGCCGCGUUCGCUGGUUCCACCACCAUCACUGUGCGCCGAUACGAACCUUUUAUCAUCCACAACCUCCCCGAUUGUGUCGAGUUCACCUUAUGUUCCCACGCCAAGCGCCCCAAAGGACUGCGCCCAACGAGAAGCGGUAAAGGAGUGCGAGACGAGGCAGGAUUGUGCCGCCGAUUACGAGAUACGCAAGGCUUUAUCUGAGUUUCUUAACAAUGAUGAACAUCGAACUGGAAACGGUACUCGGAUACCGUUAGAUGAGAAUAUGGCUGUGAAACGUUCAAGGAAACCACCUCCACCAGAUGUGUUCUUUAGAAGUGCACUUUUCGCAUCCAAGUAUGGCCAUGGAUUCCUUGGAGAAUGCAAAGGCAAAGAGGCUUCUUCGUUGUUGUUCAAUGAUAAAACCAAAAUGAUUUACGCUCAUGAUACGGAUACAGUUUUCUAUCGUGCUCGCCGCCGUCGACGAGGUGCGCAACAAAAUGAAUACCGCACGUGUAAUGAGUCCCUGCACAUCUACCGAAACGCUACCCCGACACUAAAUGCGGAGCCCGUCGGUGUGGGCGCGGAGAGUGUUGAUCCAUAUCAAGGGGCAGCCCACAAGAAGCUUGGCAUUGCCAAAUUCCUCUUUCCUUACCUCAACAAGUCCUGCUCCGAUCCAACGAUUCCUCUUGUUUGCUCUACAUUUAAGAAUCGUCUCGCUACCAGCUCUGCGCUGUUUUCAAGUGAUCCAUACCAAAAUGACGACGAUGCAUCAGGAUUUUUUGUGCGGGAAGUCGUAAUGGAACGGAUGUCAAACCUAACUGCCAAGUUCGAAAAUGCAGAUGUGCGCUUUACCGUUUGCAGAUUUUCAAACUUAUCAUUUCAGGUUUCUAUUCAAAGUGGAAAUGAAUGCCCUGGAGGACUGAUCCCACGCGCUGAGACCCCAAUUGUGGUCCGUGGCUCGCCAUGGUGUAUGGAUUUACUUCUUUACUCUGGAUUUCACAUGGUCUUGGGGUUUGAAACUCAGAACACUCGCUUUUAUCAAUCUUUUAUGGAUAUUAAAAACGACACCAAGGUGAUUAAUAAUGGACGCACCUUUUUUGCCUCGGGAUCUAGUUCUAAUAAGUUGCAAUUCACCAUUCCAGUAGAUCUUCUUCAACUAAUUUGUGUGUUGCUCAAGCGUGUGCAUUGUCCGAAUGACAUCGCUGAUCGCUUUCAGUAA